GCAAUUGUUUUCCUUUGUUCUUUAGAUGCACUGGGACUUUGACAUGUACAUUCGGAACCGGGUUGAUACCUCCCCCACUGUCGUUCCCUGGCACACCAUGAGGAAACACUUCUUUAUCUUUUUGAGCACAAUGCUGAUCAUGUUUGUUCUCGGAGAGAUCUACCCAUCCUACAGGCCUGUGGGACCGAAGCAAUAUCCCUUCAAUGACCUGUAUCUGGAGAGAGGAGGAGACCCCAAUAAAAAGCCACCAACAGUGAUACACUAUGAAAUUUGAAAGUUGUUCAAGUGCUACAUUUCCAUCAGUUCUGCUGGGGAAGGAAUCUUCUCUAGUUCACUGGCAUAUGUUAACACUUGUUCUUUAAUGUUCAGUUGCUAAUUGCAGUGAAAUAUAUCAGUGACACGUAC